AUGAGAUGUAAAAGGAAAUAUCCCACUGGACCUAUAUUGAAAGAUAGACAAGAUAUAGUGUCAGUUUUGAAACCACCAGAGAUUGAAGAAGAGUGUAUUGAAGAUUUUCUGGCUACAGAUAGUCUGUUUGUGGAAUAUUUCAACACUUUCCUCAGCUUACCUAGCUUUCCAGAACCACUGUGCUUCAAUGAAGAAACAGGAGGAUUUGAAGUGGUCACUGAUGCCAAGAAAGAACUGGCAAAGCAGAUUAAAGCUGCUGUACGAUCUCAAACACCAAGGAAAAAGAUGUACAGAGUAGUGAAAAACCAUAGUUUUAUUGAUAUACCAUUGAUACCAAUAGAGGAAAGUGAAGGACCAGAAAAAGUAGAAAUUGAUACCAGUUUUACUGUUACUACAUUGAACAAGGAACAAGGAAUACACUGGGUUAAAGCUGAAAGAUUACCAGCAUUUCUAGAGAGUGAUUGUUAUCUAGAAUACCGUUUGAGUAAGAUAUUGUCUCAAGCCAGAUUAACUGGUGAUUCAGGAGAGUUUGUCAUCAUGAAGAUUGAUUUUCGACCAAGAAUAAAGAAAAGUAAAGAGAAGCCAGUGGAAGAAGAAGAAGAAGUUGAUCCUAAAGAAGAAUUGAUCAAGAAUAUGUAUGUAUCUCUUGGAACAACUGAAACAACAGAAUCUGAUGCAUGGUUUUCACAAGCACAGUCUGCUCAAGAUGCUGCCUUGACCUUUACAACAUUAACACGACCUUUGUCCUCCUCUCAACCAGGUAUAGCCAGACCUGCUAGCUCCAGACCUAGAAGUGCUAUAAGUGGCUCAGAAAGCUAUCGGACAUCAGAUAGUGGUUUUGGUAGUCCAAUGAAAAGUUCUGUAUUUAGUAGUGCUUAUUUUGGUAAUUACACACCAGGUGUAUCAGGAACAGAAGAAGUGGAUGAAGAAAACAUACCUGACAAUAUCUAUAUUGACCUUCAGCCCACCACCCCUAGACCAUCUGACACCUGUUGUGUUUUAACUGGGGACCAGAAUUCAUUCAAAUCUAAUCAAGGUGUAACAUACUCAUAUCCUAAAUCAGAGUCAACAGAUUCUGAAUCAGGGGUAGGUGAUACAGAAGAUAUGGAUUACGAAACUGAAUCUCAAACUAAUUAUCAAGAUCGACAAUCUCCAUCUCAAUCUACUGACAACCAAUCACAAUCGGAGAUAGAAAGUGUGAAGAACAAAUCAGAAGACAUGUUAAAACAAGCUAGUACAGAGAGUAUUGUCGUCAGUGAUAUUGAUGAACUGGGCUCAGUCAUUGUGGGUGCAGUUUUAAAAAGAUCUAUAGCAGAAAUUACUGGUGUUGAUGAAGAAAAGCUAGAAAAGGAUGAAAGAAUAACCUCUGUGUUUUCAGACCCAUCUUUGACAUAUCUGACCUUAGAAAUGUUAGAACAUGUAUCUUACUUGGAUUCUCAGAAUGAAGAAGAAAUUGAAGAAGAAUCAGAACUGCCUGAUGAGAAACCAGAUGUAAAAGAUGAAGAGAGUGAUGUUGAUUCACUUCUAGAUAGUGAAGAUGAUUAUGAAGAAGGAGAUGAAUUCUUCAGGAAACACAAGAUUAAAACCUUUGAUCUGAGCAAUAAGAAGGGAAUACACCAAUUUAAAUUGUUUCUCAAGGGUACUGUUGGCGAAAAAUAUUUCAAUCUUUGGAUUGAUAUAGAUAGAUCUCAUCUGUUUCCUAAAGACAAAAAUGUUACUGAGUAUUUGAUUGAAAUGAGAGAGAAGUAUCAUAUGACAGGAUCACCCUAUGAACUCAGUAAAGAAUUAAAAUCACAGUUAAAACUGGUAGAACCUAGUAGUUGGACUGUCAGAAAAUUACAAAGUAUACAAAAUAAAAUAGCUGAACCACUUGUAUCUUAUUGGGCACCAAGAUUUCUUCUAAAACAACUGAUGAAAUCCAAUCCUAAGAAAUAUUAUCUGUAUCAUCAUCAGCAUCUAUUAAAUGAACGUAAAAUAGAUACUGAUCCAAACCCACCAACAAAAACUCUACUGCCAUUACGACCUAAAUCCUGUCAUCCUAGAAUUCAUACCACUCCUGUUAUUGAAGAGGUUGUGUCUAUAGAUUAUAACUAUAAACCACCCAAUAUAACCUCACCACCUAUUGGUAUGAGAAGAUCCUAUUCAAAUCUCCCUAAACAAAGACCUGUUACAGCUGGUCCUCAACCUAGACCACCAUCUAUAAAGAAAACUCCUAGAGACUUCCUAGAACCUAGGUUAAGAGUGAGACCAUCAACUGCUAAAAGUCACUCGGCAUUAUCCAGAUCAUCAUCUGCUAAAUUAAAACCAAAUAGAUCAGCAUUUUUACGGCCAGGAACAGCAGGCUCAUCUUCUUCUACUGAAUCCUGGGAGUCCACUUCAGUAACGGUGAUAUCAGCUACACCUCAACCACAACAAGUUGUACGACCUCCUACAGCUUCUCAAUCUCCUAAACCAAUAUUGAGAAGAGUUUCACAAGCCAGCAUAGAAUCAGAGUUCAUUGGUGGACGGAGAAUGGAAGCUUUACUUCGAGCUUUGGGCAAUGAGAAAUAUGCUGGUGGAUUUUUUACUAAAUUUAUUGAACGUAGUGGAAAUAAUCUUUGGAAGAAUUGUUUAAAAUUUUGGUUAGAUGUUCAAGAAUAUAAAGAGCUGUUUUACCAUGAGACAAUCGAACCUUUUAAACUGAAGACUAAAUCUCAGUAUAUAUAUUCUAAAUAUGUAGUAGUAUCAGCACCAUGUGAUGUUAACAGUUCAUCAGAUGUACGUUCUGAUAUCUAUCAUCAUAUUAAUCCACCAUAUGAAGAACUAUUUGAUGAUGUAGAAGAACAUGUUUUAGAGAUAUUGUAUUCUGCCUGGAUCAGUAAUCUUAAAGAAGAUGUGAGGAUUUAUAAUAAGGUUGAAUUAAUUGAUGUCAAACGCCAUCUUGAAACUAAAUCAAAAUAUGUUUUACAUCUACAAAAGAGAGGUUUGAUAAAAGAGAGAGUGUUAACACCAGAUGAUCCUAUGGGUGGUUAUGAAGAUCCUGUUUAUGAUCCUUCAUUAUUUGAUCAAAUACCAGACGAUUUCGUGGAUCUGUCAUUGGAGAAACUGGUUCAUAAUCGCAUUGAGUUGGACCAUUUCCGAGAUUACUUAUCUGAUAAUUAUGCCAGUAUGGAUUUAAUGUGUUGGAUGGAUAUUGAAGCUUGGAGAAGAAUACCACACACUGAUGAGAAGAAACGAGAUCAGAAAGCCAAAGAAAUAAAAACAAAGUACUUGAAUAAGAAGUAUUUCUUUGGUCCAAACAGCCCAGCUGGUAAAGAGGGACAAGAUAAGGUAGCAGCUGCAGGUGGUGGAUGGGGUAAACUAUUAGAAGAUAAACCACCAAAUGCUCUUAUAUUAGAAGCCCAGAAAUAUGUGAAAGAAAGGCUGGAGAAGAAAUGGUUUCCUCUAUUUUUAACUACUGAUGAGUUUGCUGAACGUCAGAAGAUUGAUGAGACUAUGGCAGACGUCGUAGAUGAUGUAAUGGUUCAAAGGAGAAGAAGAUCACAAGCUGUUUGGAAGUUGCUUGAAAGUCGCUGGACAUCCUCAACAAAGGAAAUAAUUCAACUGCGGAAAGCAUUACAGAAUCCUUCAACAGAAAAACAGUUCAGACGUUAUGUUUCUAUCAAGGGAGAUAAUUUAGAGAAUAAUGUAUUGUUCUGGCAAGAAGUUCAAAAAUAUAAGAAUAUGUACCAUGUUAAUGCUGAUGAAGGGUUAUUACUACAGAAGAUCAAUGCUAUUAUUAACUGUUUUCUGGACUCCCAAAUACCACCUAGUAUACAGAUAGAUAUAACACAUGAUAUGGCUGACAAAAUUAUAGAUAGAAGACAUGAACGUGGUCCUUAUCUCUUUAGAGAGGCUCAGCUGGCUGUUUUCAGAGUCCUCUCCAGUCAUUGGGAACCAUUUUGUCAGUUCCGAGAAAAUCUGGCUGACGAUAAAAUCAUGCCUACUAUUGAGCGCCAGAGAAGACAUGCCAGAAUUAAAGAAAAGAAAAGACAAAAAGAAUUAGAAGAACGCAUGGAAAAGAAAGCACCAGAUAAUAAAUUGUUCUGGAAAAAGAAAUCAUCUUUAGAUUCAGUAGAUGAGGCCAGAAAAGAAAGUGUUGGUGGACAUGAUCCAUUUAAACAUCUUAAUGAAGAUAGUAUUGUAGAUGAUAGUGAGUUUACUGAGAAAGAUCGUGUUAACUGGAGUUAUAGUAAUUAUAUGCAGGCUCUAGAGAAGGAAGAGAUAUUAAACAAUACAGAUGAAAGUCUGUUUAGUUCUCUUUCUGAUUUAGCAGGUCAAAAGGAUAAUAUGACAUCAAGACCCCUUUCAGCACAAUCUACAUCUGAACCAAUUCUUAAAAAGACUACCCGAUUUGAAGAUCCUCCUAUGAAAAGACCUGUAUCAAGAGUUGAGAAACUAAAACUAGAGAAAUCUCACAGUGUGGAUUCUCCUACUCCAACAGAUAGGUUAAAGUCUCCACCAGUCAAAGUAGAGAGAACAAUUUCCAGUCCAAUUCUUAAAACUCCUAAGCCAACUUUGCCGCCUGCUACUAAAUGUAUUACAGACCAGAAACAAGUGAAAUAUUCUCGUGGAAUGCCACCGCUAGUUAGACCUAGAGAAAAGUAGUUGGACUGUUAUCUGUGAUAUAUAUUAUGUAUUUCUACGCCAUAGUGCUCUUUGUGUUUUGUUAUGUCUAAUUUGUGUUAAUUAAGUAUUAAUGUUUUAUAGUUAGCAGUUACUUAAUAGCAUUCCUAUUUAAUAUUGUAUGUGUCAAAAUCCUCACAUUGACAAAUUAACAGCCGUUAUUUUGAAAGGUUUAUUAACACAUUCGAAUUAUAAUAGGAAGUAGAACAGAAUUAACUGAUAGCAAUCAUUGUCAAGUUGCUCCAAGAACUUGGCCAUGAGGUGCACCUGUACCCCCUUAUCAUAAAUGUCUAAAAUAUUAGCUCAUAUGUAUUCACUGAAAAAGAUGUGCUAAGAGCUAUUCUGUUUAUAUGAAAUUUUUUGAAUCUGAUUCUAUGCAUUAGAAAAUUACAUUUAUUAUCUUAUCAUUCUAUUUAUAUUAAUAUAUAUAUCUAUAAAGCUACUACUGUGAUAUUAUUUUGUUUUGUUAGAAAUAAAACAUUUUAUUGACG